AUGUUAAUACAUACACCUAUCUGUCAAGAAGUUGUACAUGGUAUCGCCUUCAUCAAUUUCUUGAUCUAUUUGUCUAUUCAUCUAUCUAACAAUAUAUGUGUAUAUAUCGUCUUAGUUGGUGACUGUUUAAAGUUUGAAAAUACAACUCAUCCGCAAGUUAAACCCAAACUGCAAUCUAAUCAACAGAAUACCAUUAUCAAUCCAAGACAAUCGGAGAAUUUUGCAAACUGUCGUUAUUCAGGUGUUCAAA